AGUAAGAGAUAAAGGUCAGCGAGAAUGUCUGGAGAGGCCAAAAGCUCCAGUAGCAGUGAGACCAAGGAUUGUGCAAAAAUAGCAGGUGCAGGACAGAAGUCAUCCUCUACUCUCAGAAGUCAUGCCAGCUUCCGGGGAGAUCGUGAGAGAAAGAUUGGUCACAGAAGAGUUGAUUCCUCUGGUCAAGUGUCGUACAAAAAGGUGGGCAACUCUCAGAUAAUAGAGAGUAUAGAAAUGGGUAUUCGAUACUCUACUAGCGGCACAGCUCGAAAACCCGAGCGUGAUCUUUUAAUGCAAGACUUUCAGGUUGUAGAAACAAUCUUCUUUCCCAGUGAUGGUGGAAACCGUACUCCAGCCCACAAGUGCAGCGAAUUUCAUUUCAAGACAUAUGCACCAAUGGCAUUUAGAUACUUUAGAGCUUUAUUUGGUAUCACACCAGAUGACUAUGCCUCAUCGCUAUGUAAUGAGCCGUUACGCGCGCUGUCCAACCCGGGAGCAAGUGGCAGCAUCUUCUACAUUACUAAUGAUGAUGAGUUUGUUGUAAAGACAGUUCAACACAAGGAGGCUGAAUUCCUUCAAGAGUUACUUCCCGGCUAUUACAUGAAUCUGAACCAAAAUCCACGCACGCUGCUACCAAAGACUUUCGGUCUGUACUGCUAUCAAUGUGGAGGCAAAAACAUUCGGCUGCUUGUCAUGAAUAACUUGCUGCCAACCUACAUCCGAAUUCAUGAACGCUAUGAUCUUAAGGGCAGCACUUAUAAGCGAAAGGCAUCAAAACAGGAGCGCCUAAAACGUGGUCCGGCGUUAAAAGACUUGGAUUUUAUGGAUGAGCAUCCUGAAGGCUUAUUUCUCGAGAAGGACACGUGCGAUGCACUCAUCAAAACACUACAGAGGGAUUGUAGGGUUUUAGAAAGCUUCAAGAUAAUGGACUACAGUCUUCUGGUUGGUAUCCAUAACUUGGAUUUGGCAGCUAAGGAGAAGCAGUGUAGGCAGAGUGAACAAGCAGCCAAAAGUAAAACUAUGCAAGAGGCGGGAAACUCUACUGAGCAUGGAGAUGACAGUGAAAGUGCAGUAUCAUCUAGUCAUUUAUCUAGGUCAAAGUCUGUGCGUCGAGAGAGAAUAUCAGCUUAUUCCACAGCCAUGGAGUCCAUACAAGCGGAUGCCGAGCCAGUCGACCUGGACGAUCAUGAUGACGUUCCGAAGGGAGGCAUCCCAGCAAGAAAUUCCAAAGGAGAGAGGCUACUUCUAUUUGUUGGGCUUAUAGAUAUUCUACAGCAAUACAGGUUUAGGAAAAAGCUGGAGCACACAUUCAAGGCGAUGGUUCACGAUGGUGAUGCUGUGUCUGUACACCGGCCCGGAUUCUACGCACAGAGAUUUCUGACAUUUAUGCUUGAAAGAGUUUUCAAAAAGAUCCAGUCACCACUGAAACAUUCUCCAACCAAACGGAAGAGCCUUGUUUGCAAGAGGCAGAUGAGCGUAACAGAUGAUGCCAGCUCUGAAGAUGGUUCUACUUCAAAGAAUGUGGGUGAUAUUACUGUAAAUGAAAUGAUGGCUGGCACGUCAUCUCCCCCACCUUCCUUCUCUGAGGCAGUUGCACAGACGAGCACGCCAGCCAAGGAAGCGUCUACUAGAAAGAAUGAUGAAGUGGUGGUGUCAUUGGUUAGCACUCACUCCAUCUCCAUGUCAUCCACAUCUUCAACACCAGCACGCAGCAGAGCAGAGUACAACUGUGCAAGGCAUGUGACCUUUGAUACGCUGACGCCACCCCACUCUAUUGAGGGCAGUACUCCUACAUUUACAGAAGGAACACCGAGUUUCACUGAGUCAAGUUGUAGUGAGUUAGAUCUAGAUACUGCAAUAGGGUUAGAGCACAUUACCCCGAUUCUUCCGCCUGCAGGUCUGACCUUCUCUACAAUCUCCCAACACUCCGAAAAGUGUAAUGUGAUCACAUCUCAUGCUCCAGUCACCGUAAAGAAAGAUCGUAGCAGUGAAGUCAGCUGCGAGCAAUGGGAAAAGGGGGAAGCAAAGGUGAGAACAAUUACGUGAAGUAACCUAGAUGUAUUCCUCGGAUGCUAUGUGUAGCUUCCAUGUUUAUAUUAUUUUUGUAAAUUUAUAUUUUUUGACAAUGUUAUUGUGUUUUUUUUGCAUUCUUAUUGAGAGAGUAUUAGCGUUUAUUUUGGUUGAAUUUACAUAUCUACUUGGCAGCAUGUACCAUCUGUGGUAACAUCUGUAGUCUAUGUAAUCUGUGUAGUUAUUUUACUUUCUUUGGGCAGUCUCAUAACAAGAUUCCACAGAGCUUGAGCAUCUUGUGUGUGAUUAUAAAGUGAGACCAUUACUAUUAAACUCGUCGUGUGAAAUUACGUUCAGAUAUUUGGUAUAGUGAUCCCGGGUUACGGAAGCAGUGCGUUCCUGUAGAAUGUAUGCAACUCAAAAUAUAAUAACGUGAAUGUUUUCCCAUUGACCUCCAUUAUAUCGUGGGAAAUGCAUUCCUUUAAAAUUUUAUUCAGUUAAACGAUGUAAGACAAGCACAAGUAUGAGUGACCUAUUUAUUGAUGUAAUAUGGUCAGGAGUGGAUAAUAGAGAUGCCUGAUAUUGUAGUAGAUACAGAAAGUACUUGAAUUUAGUUCACUGGAAACGAAAUUGAGUUUGACGUUGGUGAGAUGAGAGUUACUGUUAAAGAAAGGUAAGGGACACUAUGUAAAGCGUCUUCCUCUUUUUUAGUAGCUUCAAGCUCUGUUCGGGAAGCAAAAAAUUUAUCCAACGGUUUGGUAUGUUAUCCAAUAAGCUAUUGCGUGAAGGGGUGACAUACUGCAGGAACACGUGAGACCCGUACACUAUGUUAUGUCUACACUAACGUUUACUCUGAGUCUAGUGAGCUGUGCACCGUCAUCGUUCAAAGCUAACCCACUCGAUGCCUUGUCGAAUGAGUGUUUGGAAAUUUUAUUGGCAUAGAUUGAGGAGCUAUAGCUAUAGAAAGUAGCAGUCAUGCUUUUGAAAGGUUCCGUAAGUGUAAAUUGACGUGCUGGGUUUCGAAUUCCAUUGGGAGUCGUGAUUGUGAAGUUUCAUUCUCAUGGGCGAGUUUUCAUAAGCCGAGUCUUCGUAAUGCGGGGGGAUGAAUCUGGCUCAAAACGGUUUUUGAGUGUUGUGUGAUGGCAGCUCAAAAUAAUGAGAAAAAUAGGGGCGUUACGUGAGAGUUUAUGGUCAUUGAUCAUGCUUGAAAUUGUCAGAAGAUAAAACAAUUUUCCUAUGUCUGUUUCCUGCUUGUUUUCAUGGAAUACAAAAACUAAAACUGUUAUUGGUGCAUACACUAUGUGAUGAUCUUGAAAGUUGUUCGAGCAAACAUUGGGUUUUGUUGCCCUCGAAAAUUAACGUUACUAUCGACAGCAUUGAUCUUCUAGGUCCACAAAACUCCAUGUUUCCCUUGCAGCCAUGCAAUACUUGUAUAACAUAUUAAUAUUGUAUGUGAAGCAAAAGUAUUUAGCAUAAGCUAGUCAGACAUUUCGUAUCAGGUGCCUAUAUUUAGCCUUUUAGAAAAUUACUAGCUAAAGAGUAAACAAUUUGUUGUUGUUCUCUGUUAGAAAUAUUGCCCAUUUUUCUUGCUCGUUUUAAAUAGUUGAGUUAUUUUAGAUAAAUUAUAUAAAAUAUGUGUUAUGUUCUUAUAUGUUUAUUUUUACUCACUGUAUUAACUGUAUUUCACUACGAAUUUUUUAUUCGAAUACUUUUACAUUAGUUUGUAAUUUCAGUUAUUUAGCUACCUAACGCAUAUUCAGUCUAGUCCUUGUCACUAGUAGAAUAUAUGCACUUCUCUAUUCACGAAAUACAAGUUUAAUGCUUACAUAUUUCA